AUAUCUAUCUCUACCUCUACUUUUUUGUACUUCUUUAUGUAUACACAUAUAUAUUAUACAUAAGUUGUGUUAACUCAUUGGCUCGUGACAAGAGCAAGAAUGGUACGAGUGCAAAGUCUCGUAUAUACGUAGAUUUUUACAAUACGCAGGAAUUUUGUAUAGAGAAAUAAAAUUAUUGCAGAAAAAUUUUCUGCGAUAAAUUCUUCAAUGUUCAUCGUUUUUUUUACACUUAACAACGAUUAUUUUAGGUAAUCAAUAAUAUAGUAGCAGUCUUACUUGGCCGAACAUGAUUACAUUCAGUAUUUGACGAUGAUAUCUAUCAAUAAUGUGAUUAGUCAUGUGAACUUUUUCAAAUAAAUACACUUUAAAUAGAUAUGCAAUAUACGUCAUUAUUGUUAUCACAUAUUGAGAUAAAUCGUUGACAUUAUAAUAGAAUCUAUAAUUUGAGAAGAUUAAAAAAGGCGAGUAAAUGAAUUUAAUUCUAUCAACGUGAGGUGAUUGUUAUGUGCUUAUGUAACAUCAUCUAUGUUUUUUCAAUUUGUUUAAUAAUCUUUUAGCUAAUUUAUAUAAAAUAUAAAACCAUGUUAUUAAUAAGAAGUGGUCAAAAACUGGGCGCAUUUUAUGGAUUAUCAACGUAUAUUAAUAACUUUAAUGAAAAACAGAUCAAGAUAACUUUAAGCAGUUUAUGUUCCUUUAAGAAUUUUAAUACUUUAUCCUCUAUCAAAAUUAAGUACAAAUAUAAAAUACAAUUUGACGUAGACGAUAAAGUUAAACCUUUAUUAGGAUUACCUACAUUAUGUUAUAUUAAUUUAUCCAAUUGUCAGGAGAGAAGAUAUUCGAGAUUAGCGGCUAGAAUAUUGAAUAAUUCUUCUCCAAAAAUACAACCAUACAUGAGGCUUAUGAGAAUAGAUAAACCUAUAGGAUCAUGGUUGUUAUUUUGGCCUUGCGGCUGGAGUAUAGCCAUGGCAGCAUCUCCAACUUGUUUACCAGACCUUAAAUUAUUGACGCUAUUUGGAAUAGGUGCAUUUAUAAUGCGAGGCGCUGGUUGUACCAUAAAUGAUAUGUGGGAUAGUGAUAUCGACAAAAUGGUAGCAAGAACAAACGAUAGACCUUUGGCUACUGGACAACUUACAUAUUUACAGUCGUUCAUUUUUCUUGGAGGACAAUUGAGUUUAGGUUUACUUGUCCUAUUACAAUUGAACUGGUAUAGCGUUUUACUUGGUGCAAGUUCUUUAGGCUUGGUAAUAAUUUAUCCUUUAAUGAAAAGAGUAACAUAUUGGCCUCAAUUUAUAUUGGGUAUGACUUUCAAUUGGGGAGCUCUCUUAGGAUGGUCAGCAGUGCGAGGAUCAUGCGAUUGGUCUAUAUGCUUACCACUUUAUAUCAGUGGAAUUUGUUGGACUAUCAUAUAUGAUACCAUUUAUGCCCACCAAGACAAGGUAGAUGAUUUACUAUUAAACAUUAAAUCGACCGCAUUGAAGUUCGGAGACAAAACGCAACUGUAUUUGUCUGCCUUUGGUAUAUCUAUGAUAGCAGGAUUACUAACGUCUGGUAUUGUAACUGCGCAAACUUGGCCGUAUUACGUAGCAGUAGGAUUAACUGGAAAACAUCUCGUCAGUCAGAUAAAUACUUUGGAUAUCAAUAAUCCUAAAGAUUGUGCUCAUAAAUUUGUAUCUAAUCAGAGAAUAGGUAUGAUAAUUUUUGUAGGUAUUAUUUUGAGUAAUCUACUGAAAGAUCCUCGAAAGAAACAAGAUGAAGAAAAUAAAUAAGAUAGGGAGAAAGAUUGUAUAAAAUAAAUAUACGGGUUUUUAGAGUGCCAUUGAUGAGUUUGAGUUACCAAAUUUAUAGUUUUCUGAUAUAAGUUAUUUUAUCAGAGAAAGAAAAUACACAAUACUUGCAUAUUGUA